CACACACUCUUACACCUUCAGUAGCUGCCGGCCAGCUCACUACCUCUUUCUUCUACUUCUUCAUCCCGCCGGUUGGCUCAUCUUCUUUCGCUUCUCAAGCCUUCGAGCGCUCUUCUCGCUUCGCUUCUUUCGCCUUUUCCCCUCGCCACCCAACCUCACCACCUCGCCCACCCUCUCACCCUCACGAUGAAGGUCGCCUCUACCAUGCUCAUCACGGCGCUGGCCCUGUCUGCUGUGCAGGCUGCUCCGGCGCCCAUCAUGGAGGAGCGCUCCGAGUCGACGACCGACGCCGCCGCCGCCGAGGCUCCCGUCGAGGCGCGCAAGUUCCCGCUGACCAAGGCGCAAGGCAAGAUCGCCGUCGACAAUGCCCGCGAAGGCAACGGCCACCCGCCGGGCAUGCGCCGCUCGCUGCCCGAGGACGCCGAGGCCGAGGUCGACACGCGCGCCUCGCACAAGCAUCAGAUCAAGAUCGGAACGGGAAUCAUCAGUGUCAUCGGUGGCGGCAUUGCCACUGCUGCUAACACGUGGAACCUCACGCACCCGCCGCGCUCGGUCGACGACGAGGACGAGGACGUCGAGGCACGCGACGACGCAGAGGCUCGCGCUGUCGACGGCGCUGGCCGCGACGGCAUCGACGCUCGCGACACGACGGACGCCGAGACGGACCUCGAGGCUCGCAGACUCACGGGCAACCAGAUCGGAGGCCUGGCGAUUGCCGGAGGCUCUGUCCUCGCCUUCGGCGCAGGCGUCGGCAAGGGCGUGUACGACCGCGUGCACCACAAGAACCGCCGCAGCCUCGAGGAGGACGACGAGCAGCUCGCACGUGACACGGCUCAGGACCAGAUCGAUUACACUCCUCGUGAGCUCGCCGAGGAGGACCAGGAGAUCGCUGCUCGCAUGGGCAAGAAGGCCAAGUGGGCUGCCAAGAUCGUCGGAGGCACGGCGGCCAGCGCGACGAUCAUCGGCGGCGGCCUGACGGCCGCACUGCUCCCCGCGCACCUCAGGGAGAAGCAGCAGGCCCGCGAGGCCGGCGCAGACCAGCACGUCGCUCGCGACCUCACCGAGGAGGACUACGCGCUCCUCGCUCGCCACGCCGAGGGCACGCAGGCCCUCAUCGCCCGCUCCACCGAGGACGACCAUGUUCUCGCCGCCCGCUCCGCCGAGGAGAACGCGCAGGCGAUCAUCGCUCGCUACGUCGAGGACGAGCAGGCCCUCGACGCGCGCAAGCUCGGAGGCAAGUCGAAAUUCGCUAUUGCGGCGGGUGGAAUCGUUGCUGCGGGCCUUACGGGCGUUGGCAUCGGCUCGGUGAUCAAGCACUACCAGGAGAAGAACAAGGGCCGCUCCCUGGACGAGCAGCUCUCCGCGCGCGAGAUCGAGGAGCUCGAGACCCGCAUGUCCGGCAAGGCCAAGUUCGGCUUGGCUGUUGGUGGAGUCGUUGCGGCGGGUGCCACUGGCGUCGGCCUUGGCUCGCUCGUCAAGCACUACCAGGACAAGCACAAGGGCCGACGCGACCUCGAGGGCGAGGAGCAGUCGGAGCUUCUUGCGCGCGAGCAGCCUUCUGAGCUCGAGGCACGCGGCACCGCGGGAAGGCUGGCGUACGCAACAGCCGGCCUGGUCAGCACGCUCGGCGCAGGCGUCGGCGGAGCUGCCCUUUACAACCACUUCCACCCGAAGCAACGCGACAUCUCGGACGAGCCGCUCUCGGAGCGCGAGGAGCUCGAGGCACGCGGCGGCAAGACGAAGGCCGCCGUCUAUGCCGCCAGCAUCGUGGGCCAGCUGGGCAUCGGAGCAGGCGGAGGCGCACUCUACGAGCACUUCCACCACAAGCAGCGCGACCUCGACGGCGAGGAGCUCUCCGCACGCGAUGUGCAGCUGUACGAAGCCUGCGCACGGGACAUCGAAGCCGUGGCCAACGAGCUUGCCUCACGCGGCUACGCGGUCGACGCUCGGGACGUCCAGUCCGCACAGCACGAGCUCCUGGCCCGGAGCCUCGACGACCACAUCGCCGCGGACUCGCUCGAGGCGCGCGGCCACGGGCUCGGAACGAGCGCGAAGGUCAAGCUCGGUGCCGGUCUUGUGGCAGGCGCAACGGUGCUGGGCGGAGGCAUUGCGGCGGCUGUGAUUCACCACAAGAACAAGAACAAGCAGCGCGACCUCGGACCAGAGGAGCUGCUCGACGCCCGCGACGUGGCGGAGGUGGCGGACUCGCUCGAGGCCCGCGGGAGCGGACUCGGCAAGAGCGCCAAGGUGAAGCUCGGCGUCGGUCUGCUGGCAGGCGCGACCGUGCUUGGUGGAGGCAUUGCAGCGGCCGUCGUGCACCACAAGAACUCAAAGAACAAGCAGCGCGAUCUGGACGGACGCCGCGACUACGAGGAGCUGCCCGAGCGCACUUUGGAGGAGCUGUUGGAGCGCCAGAUCAUCGAGCUGCCGGAGCGCGACCUCGACGAGCACGUCCUUCCUGAGCGCGCGCUGGACGAGGAGGAGCUCGCUCUCGAGCGCCGCCUGAGCGGCAUCGGCCGCCUGGCAGCCAGUGGCGCUUCAGCAAUUGCCGGCGUGGGCUCCGUCGCCGGCACGACGCUCCUCAUCAACCACUAUCGCAACAAGGACCGCCAGCACGCCCGCCCGCAGGCCCGCGAGCUUCCGGAGCGCGCCAUCGACGCGGUGUCGGAGCACGACGAGCCGGACCAGCUGGUGGACGAGCGCGCAAAGGGCUGGCGCCAUGCCACGACGGCUGACCGCAUUGCUGUCGGAAACGGGGCAAUGUCCAUCGGGGGGGCCGCGAUGGGGCUCGCUGCCGCGGGCAUCACGGCGUAUCACAAGGCCACGGCGCCGCGCGACCUUGAAGAAGUCCACGGGCGCGCUCUCGAGUCUCUGCCGGAGCACGAGCAGGCUCUCCUCGCCCGCAAGUUCGGCUGGAAGGCAGCCUCGCAUGCCGACAAGCUCGGGGUGGUCAAUGGCGUUCUCGGAGGCGUCGCCGGCGGUCUCGGAGCCGCCGCCGGCACGGUCUACCUCGUGAAGAACAAGAACAAGCGAGACGAGGACGAGGCGUCGCUCGAGUCGCGCAAGUUCGGCUGGAAGGCGGCGUCGCACGCGGACAAGCUGGGCGUCGUCAACGGCGUGCUCGGAGGCAUUGCGGGUGGGCUUGGAGCGGCGGCAGGCACGGUGUACCUGAUCAAAAACCACAACCGAAACAAGCGCGCGCUGUACGAGGACAUCUCGCUCGAUGCUCGUGACGAGGACACCGCGCUUGCGGCAAGAGAGUUCGACAUCUCACUCGACGCACGCGAUGCGGACAGCGCACUGCUCGCUCGCAAGUUUGGCUGGAAGGCCGCAUCCCACGCAGACAAGCUCGGCGUCGUGAAUGGCGUGCUGGGAGGCAUUGCCGGAGGUCUCGGAGCAGCGGCGGGCACGACGUACCUCAUCAAAAACAAGGGCAAGCGCGACGUGGACCCGUCGGCAGACGCUGCACCGUUCGAAGAGCGCAAGUUCAAGUUCCGUCACCCAGGCGCCGCGACGACGGGCGCUGCGCUGUCCUUCACGGGCGCAAACAUCGCCGCCGCGACGGGCCUCACGACGCUGUACAACAACGUGAAGGGCCGCGACGCAGAGGAGACCACUGUCCUCCGCGACGCAGAGGAGCUUCAGGCCCGCCGCGCCGACGAGGAGCUCGAGGCACGAAAGUGGUCGUUCAAGCACCGAGCCAGCGCAGCUACGGCGGGCGCCGCACUCGGCACUGUGGCCGCCACGGCAGGCAUCGUCGGUGGCUCCAUCGCGCUGUACAAUCAGCUGCACCGUCGUGAUGCCGAGGAGCUUCAGGCUCGCAUCGACGCUGAGGAGCUCGCGGCGCGCGACCCGAAGUGGACAUUCAACCACCGCCCGUCUGCUGCUACGGCAGGCGCCGCUCUCGGCACUCUCGCAGCGACCGCCGGCAUUGCUGGCGGAGGCGUCGCCCUCUACAACCAGCUUCACCGCCGUGACGCCGCCGAGGAGCUCGAGGCUCGCCGCGACAUCGACGAGGAGCUCGUGGCGCGCGACCCGAAGUGGACGUUCAACCACAAGGCCUCCGCCGCGACUGCCGGAGCGGCUCUCGGAACACUCGCGGCUAACAUCGGCAUCGCUGGUGGCGCAAUUGCCCUGCACAACGUCAUCAAGAGCCGCGGCAUCGACGAGUCCGAGGCGCGCCGCGCGUUCGAGGACCCCGAGGUUCGCCGUGCCAUCGAAGAGGAGCUCGAGGCGCGCCGCCGCAAGGCCCACAUGCCCUCGGCCGACACGGUUGGCUCGAUGCUCGGCUCGUUCGUGGGCGCUGCCUCGCUCACCACCGGCGGCGUCGCUCUGCACAACGCACUGCACCCCAAGAACUCGCGCCGCGACGUCUACGUCAUCCCCGAGACGUCGCUCGACGGCCGCGGCCAGGUGUACGAGGUCUUCAACGACCGCGAUGUGGCCGAGAACGAGGCCUUCACGUCGGCGCUGCCGGCUCGUCGCCAGGCGCAGGACACCUACGUCUUCUGAGGCGCGCGCUAUCGCCGCUCACACUCCUUCCACCCCUUUGUACCGCCCCCCUUUGUUACCGGAUCUCUUUACCCGCGCUCGAGCACCGUCUAGCCUCUGUCGCAGCCACAGACCAUUGUGGAGAG